AUGAGUCCUUCACUGGAGGGAGAUGUGUCGCAGCCGGUGCAAGCACCAGACGGAGCAAUCUCUGACCUGACUGGUACUCUUAGACCUUUUUACGCCAAAUUUUUGGCAGAUCUUGAUCUGCCAGUACAGCCCGAGACAUUUGAGAGCGAUGUGCUCAUGAAAGCCGUCCUCGAGUUUGCCGCGACGACGGGAGUACCACACCACCCAAAAUCUCGUUCUUACGGAGUGCUGAUGCUGGGUACUUCAUACGCUGAUAAUUGCUUGCCGUUUCAUGACCUUGAAGUCAAGGUCUUUGUGGCCAUUUACACAUGGUUGGCUAUUCUGUGUGACGACGCACCAGAAGCUGGCACCGUACCUGCACUUGAGAGUUUCCAGCAGCUUUGGUUGGAAGGAAAGGAACAGCCCACGAUUAUCUUGCGAGCUUUUGCCGAUCAAUUACGUUUGACUUACAAGCUAUACCACCCGCUUGUUGCAAACCUCAUCGUCAGCUCGUCCCUAAACUUCGUUACUGCCAUUGCAAUCGCGGACCGCCAAGGUAUCCAAAGGAAGCUUGUGCAUCCCUCGAGAGGCGGCGACGGCUUCUGCUGGUACAUGCGGGCUAGAGAUGGCGACGGAGAAGCGUAUGCUUGGCUCGGCUAUCCGAAAUCCCAAUUUCCCAAUAUCGACACCCCCAUUGAAGCAAUGGAAGACAUGUCGCGUUGCUUUGACUUGGUCAAUGAUGUCCUCUCGUUCUACAAGGAGGUCGCAAAUGGCGAGACGGACACAUAUAUUCAUAAACAAGCGGCUUAUGCUAAAUGUGGACUGGCUGUGCUCAAGGGAAAAGGCAUUUACGAACGAUCAUGGUUGCUAUACAUCGCGGGAUACAUUCAGUGGCAUACAACAGUAGAGAGAUAUAAACUGCACGAGGUUGGAGUUGAGUCGCUCUAG